UGCUGCUCGCCAUGGGCGCCGCCGCCGCAGAGCCGCCCCGGCCCGCCGGGCUCGUCUCCAGCGUCCUCAACGACACCCUCGAGUUCUACCGCUGGACCUGGAGCAUCCGAGACAAACGUGUUGAUGACUGGCCCUUGAUGCACUCUCCCUUUCCAACACUGACUAUAAGCACUAUUUAUCUCCUCACCGUCUGGCUGGGCCCCAAAUGGAUGAAGACAAGAGAGCCCUUCCAGUUACGUUUCCUGUUGGUUGUUUACAACUUCGGCAUGGUUCUACUCAAUUUCUUCAUUUUCAAAGAGCUGUUUUUGUCGUCAAGAGCUCGAGGGUACAGCUAUGUCUGCCAGACUGUGGAUUAUUCAGACAAUGUUUAUGAAGUUAGGAUAGCUGCUGCUUUAUGGUGGUAUUAUGUCUCCAAAGGAAUUGAAUAUUUGGAUACAGUAUUUUUCAUCCUGAGGAAGAAAUUUAACCAAAUUAGUUUCCUUCAUGUCUAUCACCAUUUCACCAUGUUCACCCUGUGGUGGAUUGGUAUCAAGUGGGUUGCAGGUGGACAAGCUUUUUUUGGAGCUCAGAUGAAUGCGUUUAUUCAUGUCAUUAUGUACAUGUAUUAUGGAUUAGCUGCCUGUGGCCCUAAAUUUCAGAAAUACCUGUGGUGGAAACGAUACUUGACCAUAUUACAAUUGGUGCAGUUCCAUGUGACUAUUGGCCACACAGCCUUGUCUAUUUAUAUUGAUUGUCCCUUCCCUAAAUGGAUGCACUGGGGUGUAAUUUUCUAUGCUGUCACCUUCAUUUUCCUGUUUGGUAACUUCUACUAUCGGACAUACAAGCUGCCCAAGGAACCUGUAAAGAACGGCAAAAUAGCAAAUGGUGCUGUUGCAAAUGGAGUAAGCAAAGCAGAAAAUAAUCCAGUGGUGGAAAAUGGAAAAAAGCAGAAAAAGGGAAAAGCAAAAGGAGAGUAACUUGAUCCAGGCCUUAACCAUUGCUGGCAGUGAGGAACCUCCAGUUUGGUUUAUAAAAGGAAAAAAAAAAACAAAAACAAAAAACGCUAUCUAUCUGUACCAAUUAACCUUAGGUCACUGAAGAGCUAGAACACAGAUAUUUUCAUUAUUUAUGAAGAUUGUUUUAACAACACUUAAAGUUGAAUUUCUAUUGUAAUUAUGUAAUUAUCAUGCAUAUGGUCUCUGUGUAAAUUUGUAGACUGCUGGUGUUGGUGAAUGUAAGGAAGAAUUGCAGUGAAUUCCGUGUUUAGCAGUCCCAAAGUUCAUGCUACCGUUGAUACAACCACU